AUGUCCAACUUUGAUAUUGUGAUUACAGAAACCUUGACCGUUGAGCUAGAGGUCGACCCCGCUGUUGUUGAUACAUGCCACUCCGAUAGCGAAGAGGAAUGUACUACGGAUACAGCUAGAAUAUUUCACGAAAACAAGGAUGACAAGCUCCAACAUCGGAUGCUGAAAAUUACGAUGAAUGAUAAAAUAUACUUAGCUCCUAUAAAGCCAGAAGAGAUUAAUCAUGUUCUUGAUGUUGGAACUGGACAUGGGACAUGGGCAGUUGAAUUUGCUACCGAGUUCCCAAAUGCACAUGUCAUCGGAACUGAUCUUAGCCCUUCGACGCGUGAAAGUAAACCCGAAAAUUGCGAAUUUGUUGUUGCUGAUGCCGAAGAAACUUGGGACUUUCCACAUAAAUUUGAUUUUAUCCACUUUCGCGAUUUGAUGAUGUGUUUUGAAAGCGAGAAAGAGGUUUUCAGGUCAGCUUUCAAUGCCCUUGAACCUGGUGGUUAUUGUCAGACUCUUGAUGCCAGAUUUCCAUUAGAUGCCAUCGACAGCUCGGUGGAAGGCACUGCAAUUGCUGAAUGGUUUCAAGCAUGCUGCCAAUCUGGUGAAGCCACUGGAAGACCUUGGACUAAUGUCACAAAGUAUAUGGCAUGGAUGGAAGAGAUCGGAUUUGAGGAUGUGACUGAAACAGUUUAUCACAAUGCGAUAAAUGAUUGGCCUAUAGGAGCAAAAGAGAAGCGAAUCGGUGCAAUGAUGCACAAGGACAUUAAGCUAUUCCUGUAUUCGACCAAGAGAACUUUAAAGGAGGCAUUGAAAUGGGAUGAGGCUCAUGUUGACGAGUUACUCCUAAAAGCAAAAGAAUCUGUGAAGGACCGGAAUGUUCACGCUUAUCUCCCUAUUUAUGUUGUAUGGGGUAGAAAACCUUUUCCUAGCGAAUAA